AUGUCGGAAACACUGCCGAGUAACAAAAAACAAGUUCCAAGGCAACUGCGUGAACGCAAGCAACGCAAGCUAUAUUCUGAUGAGUGGGCCUUGGGAGACGAUGAGGCAGAGGGUGGACGGGGGUUUUCUCUUGCUGACAAACUGGAGAGCCCUCGGUUUGAACAUUCUGGUGCUGUCUUGGAAAUGCAUGGUACGGAUCUAACUGUAUCAUACCUACAGAAAAAUGGUUUCACAACACCGCUCCUAUUUAAGGAGAAAACUGGAUUAGGACUUCGGGUGCCGACGAGCAACUUCACAGUGAACGACGUGCGCAUGUGCGUCGGUUCGCGCCGAUUGCUCGACGUCAUGGACGUGAACACACAAAAGAACAUCGAGAUGAACAUGAAGGAUUGGCAGCGCUACUAUGACGAUCCGAACAAGGAGCGUCUACUGAACGUGAUCUCAUUAGAGUUUUCACACACACGACUGGAGAACUACGUACAGGCACCGCGUAUCGUGCGCCUGAUCGACUGGGUCGACACUGUGUGGCCGAGGCAUUUGAAAGAUCAACAGACUGAGUCAACAAAUGCUUUGGACGACAUGAUGUAUCCAAAAGUGCAGAAAUACUGUCUUAUGUCAGUUAAGGGCUGUUAUACAGAUUUUCACAUUGACUUUGGAGGCACUUCUGUGUGGUAUCAUAUUUUAAGAGGUGCAAAAGUAUUCUGGCUUAUACCACCGACGGAGAAAAAUUUACAGCUGUAUGAAAAAUGGGUGCUGUCUGGCAAACAGUCAGAUGUAUUUUUUGGAGACACAGUAGAAAAAUGCAUCAGAGUUCAUUUACAAGCCAGCCACACAUUCUUCAUCCCAACCGGGUGGAUUCAUGCUGUUUACACACCAAGCGAUUCUUUGGUUUUUGGUGGCAAUUUUCUACACCAGUUUGGUAUUGAAAAACAACUUAAAAUUGCCCAAGUCGAAGAUGUUACAAAGGUGCCACAAAAAUUUCGUUACCCGUUCUUCACGGAGAUGCUGUGGUACGUGCUUGAUAGAUACGUGUCCGCGCUGUUGGGUCGAUCGCAUCUCUCCACGGAUGGACAGACAACACUCACAGCACCUAAAGAACAUAUACAUCUCACACAGAACGAGCUGCACGGGUUAAAGGCUAUAGUAAUGUAUCUACAUCAGUUACCGGCAGCUCGUAAAUCAGUGCCCGAAUUACUGUCAGAUCCUAUCGCAUUAGUCAAAGACGUGCGCACAUUGGUCGAACAACACAGGCAUGAUAAACAACAACUAGCGAUCACUGGCGUGCCAGUACUCAAAGGGCCGGACGACGUGGUGUCGGCGGAGCGGCGCGGCUCGAGCGGGCGCGGAGCACGUGGCGGCCUUCACCGCGGCGGGCCGGCGCGCCCCCGCCCCGACCACGCCAACAACGCGCCGCGCAGGAGGCGCACGCGGUGCAAGAAGUGUGAAGCUUGCCAACGUACAGAUUGUGGCGAGUGCGUUUUCUGUCACGACAUGGUCAAGUUUGGCGGCUUGGGCCGCGCUAAACAAACCUGCGUCAUGCGACAAUGCUUACAGCCAAUGUUGCCGGUGACAGCAUCUUGCGCGGUAUGCCACCUAGACGGCUGGAUGCAGACACCCGUUGCCCCACAAGCCAAAGGAAAUAACGGUCGGAACGGUCCCUCCUCUCUUCGGGAGUGUUCGGUGUGCUAUAGUAUUGUGCACCCUGCUUGUGUACCACCUGGGGGCCAAAUCAACGAGGAUUUACCCAACUCGUGGGAAUGCCCUACGUGCACCACUAUGGGACUCAACCAUGAUUACAAGCCCCGUCACUUCAGGGCACGCCAAAAGUCGUCAGACCUCAGGCGGAUGAGUGUGGGUUCAGACGUCAGUCAGGUUAAUCAGCACCAGCACCAUAAUUUACAGAAUAAGUUACCUCCACCACCACCACCAGCGCCAAUGAAAACAGAAACCAGCUCUGAUGGUGAAGGCAAGAGUGAAAUUCCACAUAUCAAAUCUGAAGAUGAAAUAAAACGCGAAGAAGAAAGUGGUGCUUGCGUUGGCGAAGGCGAAGGUUGGGAACCACCACUAAAGAAACGACGCGCGAGUGAUGAGGAUGAGGCACCUAAGAAACAGGCACUAAGGGCACAUCUUGCACUACAGCUUACUCACCAUUCGACCAAGAUAAUGAAGAAGCCGAUAUACCCUAUCCGUCCGGCGGCGGGUCUGGGUGUGGGCUACAACGCGGCGGGCGCGGCGUGGCUGGACCGCUCGGCCAUGCUGUGCGUGUUCGCCAAGCUCACGCCGCACGAGCUCGCAACCUGCGCGCUCGUCUGCAAGGCCUGGGCUGAGUAUUCCAUGGACCCGUCGCUGUGGCGCAGCAUGUCAUUCGUGCAGGUGCGCGUGUCGGCCGCGCAGCUCGCCGGCAUCGCGCGCCGCCAGCCGCUGUCGCUCGGCCUCGAGUGGUGCCACCUCGCUAGGAGGCAGCUCGCCUGGUUGCUAGCUCGCCUCCCAGCCCUUCGCUCGCUGUCCCUGGCGGGCUCUCCGGCGGAGGCGGCGCUGGCCCUGCGCUCGGCGGCGUGUCCCCCGCUGCACGCGCUGGACUUGUCCUUUGCGCGCGCGCUGGACGACGCCAAGCUGCGCGGCAUCCUCGCCCCGCCCGAGUCGUCGCGCCCGGGCGGCGGGAACGUCACCGGCGCAGAGCCCAGCCGCCUCGCCGCACUGCACACUUUAAGGCUGCCCGGCACUGACAUCACCGACGUUGCCAUGAGAUAUGUUGUCCAGGCGCUACCGAAGCUGGUGGAGCUGGACGCGUCGUCGUGCGCGCGGCUGACGGACGCGGGCGCGGCGCAGCUGGCGCACCACGGCCUGCAGCGCCUGUCGCUGGCCGGCUGUCGCCUGCUCACCGAGGCCGCGCUCGACCACCUGGCGCGCUGCCCCAACCUCGUCAGGUUGGAUCUGCGACACGUGCCUUUGGUGUCAACACAAGCAGUCAUCAAAUUCGCCGCUAAGUCUAAGCACAACUUGCACGUAAAAGAUGUGAAGCUUGUCGAAUUGAGGAAUACCUGA